AUGGGAAAGGGCAAGGCAUCGCCGGCGGUUCCCAAGGGCAAAGCAGGCAAAGCAUCGGUGAUGAAGGUGGCACCCAAGGCUGUGAUGAAGUCCGCCAUGAAGAAGCCAGUGGCCAGUGCCAGCCUCCUUCGCCGUAUGAAUGCGAUGCAGGAGGAGCCGGAGGAAGAGCCCGAGCAGUCGAUUGCUGCUCGGGACAAAGGUAAGGCUGUGAAGUUCACGAAGAUGAAAAAUUCCAACAGCCUACCCGCUUUCGUGAUCGACUUAAUCGAGGAGCAGUCGAAGUCGUCCUCGGCGCCCCGAAGCCAGAAGACGCUUUUGAUCAACAAGCUGUUCAAGAGACUCCCGGACGGCUCGUUGGAGUUGGCCCUCGACCAACCCGUCUUCAUCCAUGCGGAGAAAGCCUACCGCAAGAAGUAUGCCCGGGACGAGGCCGAGGCUAUUCCCGCCUCUGUAAUGUGCGGAUUGUAUUUUCACAAUUCCGAGCAGCACAUGCAGAGAGCCAUCGACAAGGGCGAGAUCGUGGAAGCACGUCGUGAGAACGGAGUCAUCUUCUACGGCUUCAGGCGCUUUGUCAUCGGAACCGAAGACGGGAAGGAAGAAUCACAGUCGACAAAGGCCUCCAAGAAGCUGACUGCCGAGGAGCACCAAUUGUUGCGAUCGGUGUUCAAGAACCUCAAGUGGAGCUUCGAGUUCACCAAGAAGGAGGCGAUCGUUGAUGACCAAGGCCAGCUAUCGGGCAGUGUGGAGACCCUCCUCAAGCAAGCCGCAGCCACCCUCGAGAAGACGAGUCGGGAGGCGAAGCAGCUCAUGGCAGGGUGGAAGGGAAGCGGGGACACACUCGCUGAGCUCAAAGGCAAGUACGGCCCCACCAUCAACUUCGCCGCAGAGAUCGCACACAUUCGCGACUUGAACAAGUUCUCGGAUGGCACGGACAUCAGCAAGGACGCCUUCAUUGAUUGGAUGAAGAUGGUCGCCACGAAGACGGAUGCCUUGAACAUUUGCAUCCAAAAGGCUCGUGCAGAGAUCAAGUUUUUGAAGUGA